UGUUUACAGGUAAUUGAUCUUUGUGUCUUAUUAGAAGCUUGUAGUAUGCCAGUUACAUUAAUACUGUUCUGCAUUCUUCCAAAUAUGAUUUAA